UUACCGGCGGCGGCUGGAAGCGCAGAGGCGAGACGACGACGAAGAAGAAGAAGAAGAAGAAAAGAUGCAACAGAGGAAAUAUGGGCGGCCGUCGGGAACCGACGGCUCCGAUUUCUCCUACCGCAUGGUCGUCGAUUCUCGCUAUACGAAGGUGGCAAAGGGGAAGUCUCGCCUCCAUGCCUUGAUCUUGAUUCAGGUGGUGAUUCAGUUGGUAGGAAUACUGUCUUUAGCAAUGUCGAUAUCGAAGGAGAAGGUUUCAGAUUCUUUGGCUAUUGCAGCCACUGCCAUUGGGUUCUUCUCUCUUCUGAUUGGAGAAGUAGGUCUUAGGCGGAGCAAAGCUGGUCUGUUGAGAGUGUACAUGGCUGCAUCGUCCAUCGGACUCCUAAUCUCGCUAUUUGAUAAAUUUAGCAGUGGUUCGGCGUUAGAGGUCAUGCUGAACCCAAGUGAGUGGGAGGCGAAGAAGUUCGAGGUUACCGAGAAUUCGCUGCUGUUAUCUGGAUUGCUGGUCCAGAUAAUCGCGGUUGUCACGACGAUUUCUCUAAUCGGUAAUAUGUCUCCGCCCAAGAAAUCCUCUUGAUAGGUGUGUCCCCUGUAGCCCUCCCAAAAACUGUUUUCAGUUUACACUUUACAGCCAAUAUAGAGAACUCACAUUGAACUUACUCGAACGACGACGGAUAUCCAGUCCUCGUUGUAUAGCCACUGUAGAAUGCAGAAAGGGGGAGGUGGUGGUUGGAUUUGCUUUAGUCUGUUUCCGUUGCUUAAAUUUACUAACCAUUGAUGAGAAUUAUUAUGAUUUCCGCCAUAGUAAUGCAGCUUGGUCGUAAAAUGGUAGGGACGAUAUAAAGAACCGAAAAGCAGCUGCUGAACCUGCCCCCCGCUUUCCUUUUCAUAAGGUGGCUUUUCGUGGGAGGGAGUAAGUGGGCCUGUAGGCCGCUCGUUAGUACAGCCUAGCGGGUGGGCCGUAUUCACGUGAUUACUCGGGCCCAUUUUCCUUUUUCCCUAUCAUUAAUGCGGAUUGCUAGUUUCCGCAGGCUGAGAAACAAUUAGUAGAUGACAAUUAUAAUUAGCCUUCGUGCAAAGACAAGAGCGUAUGCUGGUAGCAGAUUAGUUUAGUUGCUAAAUUUGGACGUGUACCCAUUUGAUUAGUAGCAUAAUUGUAGGAUUACGACCUGGGGAAAGUACGUUAUUAUGUUGUUGUUUUUUUAACAUGGUCACGGGCUAAUUAAUACCUCCCACUUUGUCGACGAGAAUUUGUUUUCUUUCUUCACCUAAUCAUCAUAGCAAUCAAAGUAGGCCACAAGAGAAAGAAACCAACAAAGCUUUCUCGUUUCUAUUAGUCACAAGAGAUUCUUCUUCUUCUUCUUCUUCUUCUUCUUCCUAGGGCAUGUGAAUGGGGAUUUUGAUUUGGAUUUGGAUUUUGACCUUGGAGAGAUCACGGGUUGCGACAGACAUAGCAUGUGACACAAUUGUCCCCGCACAACGUGCUACUUCUGGGCCAUUUUUUUGUAUGGAGAAAAAAAAUGUAAUGUUCAAU